UACGUGCAUAUAAUAUACUUACAUUAGAUAUUAUUAGAUUAAAAUUUAUCAAUAAAUUAAGAUCCUAGAACUGCAAUAAAAUUUUAUUUCACGAGGAAUGUAUGGAGAUUGUAUCGUGUAUGAUCUAUUAUAUGUGUAUACGUUUUUUAUGCGAAACUUGUCACUUUUCAUUAUAUCAGAUAAGUGAAGACAGUUCCAGCAAACCAAGGACAUUUUAUGAAUACACUGAAAUACAGCGAACGUAUCUCAUCGCAUUUAACUAUAAAUCAUGUAAUUUGAUAAAAGUUAAACGUAUUUUUUCUUCUGCGGAAAUGUCAUCAGUCUCUUCUUGUACGAUCAACGAACAACGAACGACUUGAGAGAAUACAUGGUAUACAAGCAAAUGUUGCUUGCGACAAGUAUCUAAUUAUUCCAUUCGGUUAUUAUCGCACACAUAGAGCAAAUUAAUAUUUCCAGCGUCGUCAAUUAAUUAUGAACGAAACCAUAACGAAGCCUAGAAACUCGGUCGUAAUUACGCGUUUUGUGUAAACCAUACGCUAUAAUUCUGUUUAUUCGUCCUUCUUUACCUUUGCUCUUAUCUGUCCUCAAACUGUACCCUGAACUUUUAUGUUUGUGUACAUUGGAGUAUUUAAAUUGCCUGUAGCCUGGCAGAGUCGUACACAGAAACUGGAAUAUCGUUCUUCCAUUCUCAUACGAAGAGCUCAUUAUUAAAAAAGAAGUGUGACUCAGAAAAUCCGUAUUUAUAAAAUUACAUAAAAGAUUAAAUCCAAAGGAAGUUUUAAUAUAAUUAGGAUCCAUAAUGAAAGAAUUUAUGUUAGUUUAUGUAUUCUGUGUAUCUGUUUCAUCCGUGAGAGGUGAUAGAAGAGAUAUAUUGGCAUCGGAAAGUGAAUCAUGGAUCCCGGAUGAAAAUUUCACGCAAAUCAUUAACGUCUCGUUUUCUUCUUCUAAGUGCUGCAACGUGCUUUUGAGUGGUUCAAUGGAAGAAUCCGAAGCACUGUUCGAUCAAUUUAGAAAUACGUAUCCUUACGAAUACUUUUUGCGAGAUACCGAGGAAUGCCACGCAUAUUUCUUGUUAGGAGCAACUGACUAUGAAGUUAUAAUAUCUAUAAAAAAACUAUCAUUACUAUGGAAAACAGAAAUCUUGAUUAUUAUAAAUAAAAUGGUUUCUAGCGAUUCAGCUAUACUUAACAAUACUAUUUAUGGAAUUGCAAAUGUAAAUGUCGUAUCUAGAUCUGAAAUAUGGAAGCUAUCGGAAAAUUAUAUAAAACCGCGAGCAUUCAUUAAGCUCGACAGAUACGAGCAAAUGCAUCAAAACUACAUCAACUUUCGCGGCAAAGAACUGCAAGUGUGCAGCACUUAUAAACCACCUAUGACAUUUUUCAACCGUACAAUCAAAAAAAUGAUCGAUGGCGCGGAGGAGGAAGUGUUCGCAAUGGACAGUGAUUCGGACUGGGACGGUAUCGAGAUGCAUUUGUUCUUAGCUGUAGCAAAAAAGCUGAAUUUCACGUGGACGAUAAGAAAACCGAAAGGAAAUUACACAUACGGCAGGCGAUUUAACGAAACUGUUUGGGAAGGCGGUAUAAUACAAUUAUUGACCGAACGGAAGGUAGACAUAGCAUUUGCCAAUAUUUUUAUAACUUUGGAUCAGUACUCGUUCGUGGACAUGUCCCCUUGGUAUGAAAUAUACAUUCACUUUUUGGUACCUCGCCCUCGUCGAACUACGAGCUUCUGGGCGCUCACUAGGCCGUUCACUGCACAAGUUUGGUAUUUGCUUGCGACUGUAUUACUACUACAUAGCUUGUAUACUUAUAUCCGCACCAAGAUCGAUCCUCAGUUCGCAAAACAAUUUCAAAACUUCCUAAUUAUCCUUAUCGAUCUAAUCGGCUAUCUACUGAGUAGUUUGGUGCCCAAAGUUCCUACGACCAAUAAACUGCAGAUACUUCUUUGGCGUACCGCGGGCUGGUUAAUAAUUACUGCAUAUUGCAGUAGCCUCGCAGCUCGGUUGUCAAGCUGGGAUUACGAACCCAGGAUCGAUACCGUCGAACAAUUCAUUCAAGCAAACUUGACGUGGACUAGAUCCGGUGAGCCGCCACCAUUUGAAGAUUUUUUUAAUCUUAAGGAUCCAUAUGCCGCUCAGUUACCGAAUAAAUAUUAUCACAUAGAUAAUGAAUCGCAAAUACAGAUGAUUAUCGCCCAAGGCAAUUACGCAUUACUAGGAAAUACUAUCGAUACAUGGUUCUUUCCUACGAAUUACGUGCCAAAUGAAGAGCUCAAAAAUUACAGGUUGAUGAGACAAUCAUUAGGACACUAUCAUAACGCAUUCGCUGUUCAACCGUGGCUUUUAAAACCUAUAAACAUGAUAAUGUUGUUGCUAAGAGAGACUGGCAUCACUAAUUGGCAUUUGCGCGAUGUCAUUCGGAGGCGGAACAGUUAUUAUCUUCGACAGGUCCUCGUGGAACAUGAUAAAUACGACGGAAGUGUGCAAGUUCUCGGCCUGACACCGCUCGGCGCUGGAUUUUCGCUUUUACUCAUUGGCUUGUCGAUAGCUACAUUUGUGUUUUAUUUGGAGAUAAGACGGAUCCCAAAAGCGGUUUCUACCCUCAAGCUGAUCCGUGAUGAAUAAAAACACACGUGCGAAUUUAA